AUGAUGUUCAGAGAUGGCACCUUGCAAGGGGAAGGAAAAGAAGGAAGAACAAGUCAUCAGCCUUGGGCCUCAAGUGGCUGAAGGACAGAAUGUAUUUGGUGUCUGCCAUAUUUUUGCGUCCUUCAAUGACACCUUUGUCCAUGUUACCGAUCUUUCUGGCAAGGAAACCACCUGCCGGGUGACCGGUGGAAUUAAGGUAAAGUCCUCUCUGUAUGCAGCCAUGUUGGCUGCACAGGAUGUGACCCAGAGGUGCAAGGAGCUGGGCAUCACUGCCCUGCAUACCAAACUCCGCGCCACAGGAGGAAACAGGACCAAGACCCCCGGACCUGGAGCCCAAUCAGCCCUCAGAGCUCUUGCUCACUCAGGAAUGAAGAUUGGGCGGAUUGAGGAUGUCACCCCCAUUCCCUCUGACAGCACCUGA